AUGCUCGUGCAGGACGUAUGCAGCGGUGCUGAGGAGCUUCGGGCACCUCAUUCGAACCUCCAGGAUCUGACACUUUCCGGGCGCAUUCCGUAUCGGACCAGCGAGAUGCAAAACUUGUUCCUGGGCGCAGCACAAGGAUCGUGCGACACGCAGUGGGCGUUCAUAUCGGGACAUCUAAGCAUUUCAUCUGCGGAUAAAGAGGAAUCACGCUUGGGGGAAUCAUAG